AGAAAAUAAAAAUUUUGUGAAUACAAAGAUUUUAGCGGCAGGUGUUUUUUUUUACUAGCUUGUUCCAGAAUUACAAGAAACCAGGAAUUUUGUCAACAAUAAUUGCAGUUUUUUAAAAAAUCAUUGCGGUAGGGAGACAGAUAUACGAAAGCCCUGCAAUCUGUUCAAAACCCUAACCCUAACCCUAACCCUAAUUUGUUUUGGAAUCUGAUCAAUUUGUUCUGCGAUGGGAAUAAUAAGGAGCGGUUUCUCCUUCGUAAUGGGCACAGUUUGUGGAAUAUACAUCGCGCAGAACUAUAACGUUCCCAAUGUACAGAGGCUCGCUAACACUGCAAUUUUCAUGGCGAAGCUCGUCGAAGAGAAGUAUCGGAAGCCCAAGAAGACUGGCAACGAUGACGUCUAGUUCACAAAGAUACAUCUCCAGUCCACUACAGGUCUUUUACUCCACCAAUGAUUUUAAACAGUUUGAGGGUUUUGUGAUUUUUGCACAAAUUAGGGUUUUGUGGUUUUUUAAACAAUCGAUUGAUUUGUAUUGGAAUUAAAAAUAAAAAAAAAAGCAGUGCAAAUUGAUGGUUGACAAAAUUUAAUCAAUGCUUAUUUCUGUUACAGAUGAGGGUUCUGUGAUUUAGGGUUUUGUACUGUAUUUUUUUUUUUUUUUUUUAAAGAAAUGAAAAUUGAUGGUUUAUAAAUUUUAAUC